CGAGGGAACUGGCCUGUCUCGCUAGACACAGAACGAUUGUACACUCUUGCUACCCAAGAUGUGGUGGGUCAAUAUGGAAAGGAAUUCACUUGGGAGUUGAAAGUGCAGCAAAUGGGGAAACAUUCUUCAGAGUGUGCCAGGAUGAUUUGUCAUUCUCUCCAGCUUCCCAUCACCCCAGAGGAGUAUCUCAAAGAAAUGAGUCAUGUUCAGGUGGAGCUGUUCCCCUCUGCCCAGCUUCUGCCAGGAGCAGAGCGGUUGGUGAGGCACCUUUUCAAGAAGGGAGUCCCUUGUGCCAUAGCAACAAGCAGUGCAAAGGUCCCCUUUGACCUGAAGACAUUGAACCAUAAAGAAUUUCUGUCCUUGUUUGAAAUAAUUGUCCAGGGGGGCUCAGACCCAGAAGUCAAGCAUGGAAAGCCUGAUCCAGAUAUAUUUCUUGUGUGUGCAUCACGUUUCAAGGAUCAACCAGAUCCUAAAAAUUGCCUUGUGUUUGAGGAUGCUCCAAAUGGAGUCCAGGCUGCUCUGGCAGCUGGGAUGCAGGUUGUCAUGGUGCCAGAUCCACGAACAGAUUCAAAAAUGAAAGAUGGUGCUACACUUGUCCUUGACUCUCUCAUGGAAUUCAAGCCAGAGCAAUUUGGACUCCCCCCAUAUGAUGACUGAAUCUCAAGAAUUCUUGGAUUAAUUUGUGUGUUGGCUGUUAUGCUUUAGUAAAAAGGAAAUAUAGUCUAGGA